AAGUGACAACAUUAAUCAUUCUUCUUCUUUCUUAUUUUAUUUUAUGUUUUUAAUGUUUUUUUUCUAACUAAAAAUAGUGUUUCCUGGUAUGGACACAGCAACCCAACGUUUUGUGAUGACAAUAAGUAAUACUGUAUCACUCGAGUAACAAUGGGACGUGCCACCCCUCAAACCCAACAACUCUUGCAAGCAUGAAUGAUAGGGAAACGAUGACUUCCUAUGGUUGAACCACACCUCUUGGGUGGUCAUUAAUCAUUCUUGUCGUCAGAGAGGGAAAAAAAGGACUCUGGCAUUGGUCCUUGUUACUAAUGAACAAAUUAAUGGUUGUAACUUGUAAAUUUGUCAGAAAGAUGUCAUAGUUAUGAAGUUCGUUGUGCUUGCUCUGUUUGUUGAUGUUGUUAUUGUUGCUGUUUUAUGUUUUUUGGUUUUUUGAGACUUAUGCUUGUUCUGUUUGAGAGACAGAGGGACAGACGGGUAUCACUCAAUAAAUAGGAGCACAUGAAGAUUUUAAGAAUUGCUAGUGUACAAAAGCACAAGAUUUUUUCUUCGAUCUUUAGUGAGUUUUAGCUUUGAGGGGAGAGAGACUUUAAGGCUCAAGAUCUCUGUCAGAUUGUGAUGUUUCUUGGAGUUAAGUAUAGAAGCAUCUUCUUCCAAGUCAGGUGUGAGUGGACCCUGAUUCUCUUGGUUUCACACAAAGACUAAGCGCAAGUCAUUUUUUAAGUGUGGCCCUUCAUAUCUGACCAUUUUGGCCAGUCAGCUUAUAAGUUGAAAGUGACAACAUAUAUAUCAUUCUUGUCUUCAGGAAAAACGACAAUGGCAAUGGUCCUUGUUACUAGUUAACAAAUUAAUGGCUAGUCGGUGAGAGCGAGAAUGACGCCAUGAGUCCAUAACUAUGACGUGUUUUGUGCCUUUGCUAUUUGUGAGAGAGGAAUCACACAAUAAAUAGGAGGGCAAGAAGGUUUUAAGAAUUGCUAUCAAGUGUAAAAAAGUACAAGAUUUUUUCUUCCAUGAGUGAGUUUUGGCUAUGAGGAGAGAGAGAAUCAAAAGAGUCUUAGCCUUGCUUCGUUGGACAUGAAUUGUGCUGUUUCUUGGAGUUAAGUGUACAAGCAUUUUCUUCCAAAUAAAAUUUGCAGGUUUGGGUCUGAUGCACAAGAGCACAGGAUCCAAGCUGGUUCUGUACCUUGCAAAGGAAAAAGGGACCUGUAAUUCAAAAAAGAUGGCCACGUCAACCACUUCUAGUGAUUCUUUUCAUGAAAAAGAACUUGAAUGCAAAGAAAUUAUCAUUCAGCAACCCCACUGGCGCCCCGAGUGUUGCAUCUACAAGGUCCCCAAGAGACUUCGUGAGGUAAAGAUGGAAGCCUACACUCCAAGGCUAAUUUCAAUAGGUCCCAUUCAUCAUGACAUAGAUGCAUUGAAGGAAAUGGAAAGCCUUAAACAAAAAUAUUUCCAAGAAUUCUUUCAGCGGACCUGGAAAUGCCAGAUGGAAUUUAAAAACAUCGUUCAAAAAAAUGAAGACAAUAUCCGGCAUUGUUAUGCACAAGACAUCUCUCUACCCAAAAAGGAAGUUUUUGUGGAAAUGAUUUUACUGGAUUCUAUCUUUAUCAUUGAGCUCUUCUUAAGGACUGCUACAAGGGAAGAAUGUCAAAAGGAUGAUUAUAUAUUAAGUAAACCAUGGCUAGAUGAAGGAAUAAAGCAUGACUUGAUAUUACUUGAGAAUCAGCUUCCAUUUUUCAUUCUUGAUGAGUUACAUCAUCACAUUGGAAGGUCUACAGGCAUUCAUGAAUCAUUUCUUAAACUUGCCUGUACUUACUUUUUUCCCAGAGAAAAGAAAAUACCGAUUGAGAAGGAAGUAAAACAUUUCACUGAUUUGCAGAGAGAUUUCUACUAUCCACCCAACUUGAAAACUGGAAGCAUUAUUGAACAUCUACAUAGUGCAACAAAGUUGGACACGGCAGGAUUGAAAUUCCAGGUGUUUAAGGAAGAUCAAGCAGAAAGAUUUUUACUUGACAUUGAAGUCAAGAAGCCAAAUCCCUUAGAAACUUUUCCGAGAUUCAAAUGCUCGUGGCUCGUGCAUUGCUUACCAUGCUUAAAAUGCUUUUGGUGCUUGGACCGUCUGCAAACUAGAUUGGUAGUUCCACGCUUCGUGAUGGAUCACGGAACAGAAGACCUUUUCCGAAACCUCAUGGCCCUCGAGCAGUGUCAUUAUCCAUUCCAAGCUUACAUUUGCAAUUAUAUUGUGCUAUUAGAUUUUCUUAUAAACACUAGAGAAGAUGCGGAAUUGCUUGUUGAGAAAAAGAUUAUUGCUCACUCGUUAGGCAGCUAUAAAGCAGUUGCCCAAAUGGUUAACAAACUUGGCCAAGAAAUUGUGGAAAAAAAUUCAUGUUACCAUGAUGUCGCUGAAGAUCUUAAUGAGCACUAUGGAAACUGGUGGAAUAAAAAUAUGGCAUCCUUGAGAACAAUAUAUUUCCGUGAUGUUUGGAGAGGCACUGCAACUUUUGUUGGAAUUGUAGUCUUGUUUGUAACUGUUGGGAAUUUCGUUAGGCCUUUUGUCUUUCACAAAUAAGUUUCCUUUACUAUGAUACUGUAAUAUCAGUUGGAAAUCUGGCUUUGCCUGUAGUUGUUUUAAAAUUUUAUGAUUAAAUUUAGCUUGUGA